AUGGGGGUGUUGUACCAAUUUCCGGGAGACUCCGUACAGAAGAAGUUUGACAAAAUUCGCAAAGCAAUUGAAGACAAGUGUUAUGAGUCUCAUGUCUAUGAGACAUACUUUGCUGUCGAGAACAAACUUUCAUCUUCAGAUGAAAGAAUCAGUCAGCUCAAGAAAAUUAUUCUUGAUAUUAAAGACAAAAUGAAAUACUCAAUUCCACACAAGUGGCUCGAGUUGUUGAUAGCAAUUCAGAAAUUAAGUAAAGAAAAUGUGACUCUUACUUUGGCAAAGGUUAAGUCACUAGCAAUGAAAUGUGGAAUUUCAGACGAAAAAACCAUUCACAUUGCAAUCACAUACUUAAGUGAUGUGGGUGAAAUCAUGUAUCACCCAACAGAGGAAGUACUACGGGACAUUGUGGUGGUUCGACCACUUGAGAUUGUUGACUAUGUGAAGACUGUGUUUACAGCCGUAAAGCCUGCACUGAGGAAGGCAAAACUAAAGGAAGAUUGGAGGAAAUUGGAAAAAGGUGUUCUAACGAAGGGACUUCUUAAGCAUCUUUGGAAGGAAUUUCCAAUAUUCCAAAAUGACACCAAUGAGAAAAUGUUUAAUUUUUUCGUCAGGUUGAUGAACAAAUUUGGCCUCAUUUGUCAAAAACAGAAUACCAAUUCAGACGAUAUCUCUUACUAUGCUGUUUCACACCUGCAACCUGAAAAACAUUCAGAGAUUCCAGAAGACGACCAAGGGAAUGACAAAGUAUCCAUCUUCCAUGACUUCUGUGGUUUUCUUCCGGACCAUUUAUUCACAUUGGCUGUCACUAGAUUCAUAGAGCAAUUUCAGUUAAAAAGUGGUCCCGAACCUAAACUUGCAUAUGAGCAUGCAGAGCUUAGUGUUGAUGAUUGUCAUUUAGUGAGGAUAUCAGUUGCAACUAUCAGCUAUCGUCGGAUGUUUAAGACAACCAUUGUCAGAAGACAACAGCAGAAACCAAUACCUGAAUCAUGUAAAAAGAAGUCCGGUCUAAAGGAAGAUCGGAGGAAAUUGGAAAAAGGUGUUGACAGAAGACAAAUGCAUGAACCAAUACCUGAAACAUGUAAAAAGGUAUUACUGUUUCUGCAAUCUGUGUUGGAUUCUUUGUGUAAAACAUCUACAAGAGGGAUUCAAUACAAAAUGUGUGUACCAUGCAGUUGUAGUAAAAGAUUUGAACACAUGAUUUUUGUGGAAAAUUUCAACACAAAAAUGGUGCCAUGUGGACUACUUGAAAUAAAUAUUGAACGCCACUACAGAUUGUUUGGAGAUGAAAGUUCUGUUUCAACAUCAUUGGGUAUGCAAUGCCCAUUAAAUGAGGUCACAUUGCUGGAUAUAUGUAAAGAAUUGGGUACAGAUUGGAGAAAUGUAGGAUACCAUCUUGGAAUUACCCAUCCAGAAAUAAAUCGUAUUUUAAUAGACUGUCAGUACAAUUACAAAGAGGCCCAAAUGGAAAUGCUGUUAAGGUGGAGGAACAAGCAGUCAUCAGAUGUGAACCAGUUAUCUGUAUUGAGUGAUGCUCUAAAGAAAGAGAAUUAUGUCCAGAUUGCAGAAAGAUUAAUGGGCAUAACUGGUCACUCGGAUGUCUUGCAUGACAAUCAGUUAAUGCUUAUAAGUGAUAAUCUUGGUACUAAUUGGAAAUCAUUUGGUGUGUACCUUGAAAUGAAAUGGAAAGAUAUGAAGAUACUUGAAGAAGAGAAUCAAGGCAAGCUCCUAGAAUCUUGCAUGGAUAUGUUGGUGUUGUGGCGGAAAAAACAGUCUGUUAUGACUAAUCAAGUAUGUGCCAUGUCCGGACUACUUAAAAAGCAUGGAUUUACUGAUGUAGCUAAUAAGCUAAAAUUCUCAUGACAAAUCAACUGCAAUCCAUAAGCCUCAUUAUGAGGUUUAGUUUAUAGAGAGCAUCAUAUGAAUAUUAUGUUUGUCAUGUCAUGUGAUUUCUAUCAUCUCUUUGAUUAAAUCUUUAUUAAAUCAAGUGCACAACUAACAACCAUAUUUAAAUGGUAAUAUUUAAAUAACAAAAGCAUUUAAAAAAAUGAAUUAUGUACAUUAAGCCAUUAAGUUUACUUUAUUCAAGAUUCAAGAUAAUUUUAUUGUCUGAAAAACUCAGAAAUUAUGUUCCACUGGCAGUGUUACAAGUGUUAACAACAUAUACACAUUAAACUUUAAUUAAAUUAGGUGAAAAUUGCACUUAAAACCACAAUUAUCUAUUAUUAUUAUUAUUAUUAUGAAGAUAAAAGGAAUUACAUUCAAAGCAAAGCAAUGCUUGUGGUAGGUCUUUACUGAAUUGUUUCUUAGCAGUUUUAAUUAUUCAGUAAAAUCUUUGAUUUAGAAAAUGUGCAGGCAAAUAACAUACCAGAUAAUGAACUUAAUAUUAAAAACAGUCAUUUUAUUAUACAUUUAAUGUUUAAUAGUUUAGUUUAAAUUUUAAAUUAUUUUUUCAGUCUUUACUGAAUUGUUUCUUAGCAGUUUUAAUUAUUCAGUAAAAUCUUUGAUUUAGAAAAUGUGCAGGCAAAUAACAUACCAGAUAAUGAACUUAAAAUUAAAAACAGUCAUUUUAUUAUACAUUUAAUGUUUAAUAGUUUAGUUUAAAUUUCAAAUUAUUUCACAGUCACAUUCAUAUUUACAUGUAUGAUUACAAUAGAAAAUUUAAAAUUGCUAGUACAAGUACAUGUUUUACUAGAAUUAAAUUAACUUUCUAUCAUCUAAAGGUGUCCCUGCUGGACACCAUCCCGGUAUGAGUCUAGGUUUUGGGACCAGAAGAUUAUUUUUUGACAUGGUGAAUCAAAUCAUGAUAAAUAGACCUAUUUAUACUUAAUGACAGUAAGAAAUGAAGUAAUUUCAAAUUUGUUCUAUAUUUUCAAUAAACUGAAUGUGCAAGUUCUA